AUGGGUCCUGACCACGGCGUCCUCGGUGCGACAUUCAAAGUCACUCGGGCUCUUCAGAUGGCAUCCAUGAUCGCCGUCAUUGGAAUCACAGCCAAUUUCAUUUCGGAGAUGGUCAACGCUGGAGCAACACCGCCUUCGGUCCUCGUCGCUAUCCUGAGCAUUGUGUGUAUCGCUGUGUUGUAUUGUGCCAUCACCGUCAUUCUCUACUUCGACAACAUCCUUCCUUUCCUGAUCAGCACUGGCAUCGACGCUCUUUUUCUCAUUGCCUUGAUUGUUGUUUCUGUUGUCGUUGGCAAGCCACUUUCAUACCUUAACUGUGUGAUUCUGGAUGAGAUAUCCAAUGCCACGUCGAGCGCAUACGACUUUACUUCGGCACUCGGUAACAGUCUCAAUAAGGGUGGUAAAGUCAAUUAUUCCCAGUGGAUUGGCACUUCCAAGGCCACAUGUUUGGAAAUGAAGUCCAUUUGGGGCUUGAGCAUUGCACUCUGCAUUCUAUUCACCUUUUCUGCGGUGAGCACUGUCUGCCUUUGGAAGAGAACAAAGAAGUCGAAUGCCGACAAGAACGAGGCUUGA